AUGUGUAGGUGGAGUGCAGUGUUUGGCUGUGUCACACAGUAAAACAAUGCUUGCGUCAUCGUCGUUUGGCCCAACAAUACUCUGGGAAAUGAUAUUAAAGUUUGAUAUUAAAGUUUAUUUUCACUGUUUUUAUACUAAAUCAAGUACUUUUCGAGGCUAAGUAUCGCUACAUCGCAAACAGGUGGGAAAUUUGUCUGAGCAUGCGCGAGCAAAAUGAGCCACGUAAUUGCGUGGAAUACACGCAACGCGUGUUUACAAAAAGGCGCAAUUGUGUAAAUAUUGCCAAAUGUUUGGUACAAAUUAAAUUACUGUUUUAUGUUGAAAAUGGACAUGGUCUAAAUUAAUCAUACAGAAUUUUUAUAGUGACGUGUUAUAUUUUAGUACCCUGCCAUUGUCCCUGGUGUGCUGUCCGUGUGCAUUCGAUCUGAAACAGUUGCUGCUUUGCUGUCGAAACAUUUCGAAUGUUUACAUGAAAAUAGAGACAAGUCAUGCAUUUUAUAACUUCGCAAACUGUAUGAGCCCCUAUUUUUACGCUUAUACUUAAGAUAUCAAAUAAAAAUACAUGAAACAGAGAACAUAUUUAGAAAGUUUUAUCGUGAGGCCACGGCCAGUUUUUUAAAUAUUUUCAUUUCUUUUCCGGUAAUCACCAAAAUUACACUGAAGCCGGGCUUGAAUAUACAACAAAUUUUGAAUCUCAUCAAGUACAAAAAUAUUUACGUGUAACCAUAAUAUGCUCAUGGAAUGGAAAUUAAGAGCUAAAUUUUCAAACUAGACCUUCUCAAGGCGGUUUUCAUGACCGAAGUUCACUUUUCGGCCUUUAAUUCUUGGCAAAAAUUUGGCCACAACACGUGCAAAGCAACUAGCUCUCAAAGACUUAGCUAAUAUAUUGUGAGCCCCUAUUUUCCAGACGAUAUGUUUGAUACUUGCAAAUGGUGAAAAGGUUUUUCUUUUCAUUUAUCUUUAUUUGAAAUUGAGGCCACAGGCUAUUUUUAAAAAAAUACAAUUCAAGGUGAAGCUAUUUUUACAUAUUUUCAAAAUUUGUCAAAUUUCGCGAGCUUGUAUUUCGAACUCAGACCGCUGAAGUUACAUUCAGAAACAUAGGAUGGGAAAUUUGAGUAAUAUCAAAUAAAUUUCAACUUACAUUCUAUUGUCAUAUCACGUUUUCUUCGUUUAUUACGGUUUUAAGCAAGCCAUAGCUCGCGUAUACGGUAUCGUGUAUAUGCUUCCAUGUUCACGUUGCCAUAUUCACUUCUUCCAAUCCUUUGAUUACAAAAAUAAAUGAUCCCUAAAAUAAAUGAUCCCAAAACAAAGACUUCAUGAUGGAUUUUUAAAAAAAUAACUGCUAAUUUGUAAAUCGUUGAAAAAAAACCUUAGCUAAAACAGCUUCUUGCUAACUUUCUGCUUUGUUUUGAAUGUAAAUACAAUGAGCUUUGUUUCUGUCCGCGAUUUUUUGGUCAGCGACGACAAAUUUCCCACCUGUUUACAUCGCAACAUUUGGCGAUCCUGCCAGUACAAUUCGAGGAAUUUGCCUUUUGGGUUGUCUAUGGUCAGACCCAUUCAUAAAUUGUCCCUCUGAGAGUAUAGUUUUCUCGGAACCUUAAUUUUGAGCAUUGAUAUUAGGGACUAUAAAGGAGUUAAAAUAGUUAAAUCGCACUGCAAUUGCAUGUUCAGCAGUGGAGGGAGGAUGUUGAGAAGAGAUAUGACUCUUACAUGCGAAACGUGGGACACACGCGCACAGACAACCAGUGGAUUAUUGAGAUCAGUGUAGGGUAGACAAGAGCCUAAACAAACUCAUAUAGGUAUUUGAUAUUAGAGUUUAUUCUCACUGUUUUUAUACUAAAUUGAGUACUGUUUGAGGCUAAGUAUCGUUACAUCGCAACAGGCAUCUUUUAGCUGAUGUUACAGGUGGUUGGUUAUAUCUUUUAGCAUAUCAGCUUAGUUUGUUUCAGUAUGAAGUGGAUAACGGUGGUUAGCUGAUUCCUCCAAUUAGCACGACGCGAAGAUGGAAAAUUGAAGACACUAACUCGGAUUGGAGAACGCACAGUCGGCACAGAUCUAUCAGACGAACUUCCUUUACCCAAGUUGAUCAUGACAAAUCGGAUCUACCGCCUCUACGCUAGUUAAUCUCUUACUAUUCUCUUUUAGAUUUAGGAAAUGACAAUCAAGGACUUGUGUCAUCGGAUGGAACUUUAAAAAUUUGGGAUGUUAAUACAUAUCAAGAAAUUCGUACCCUCAGUGACAGUGAUUGUGACGAUGUAACCUGUUGUGUCGCUAAUGCAAAGCAUAUUAUCUCCGGGAGCUACGAUAACAUUGUGAGACUGUGGUGCUUCCACAAAGGAGAAUUACUCUCCUGUUUUGAAGGCCACGGCGACACUAUCAGGUGGGUUCACACACUUUAGCACCUCUGUGACUGCGGUACCAUUCUCCGAGUAGAAACUUCAGCAUAUAAGAGGGCAACGGAGCGAACACGCCAAAAACAAAAUCCUUCAAAUAAAUAACUUUAAUGAAAACUUAGUUUGUCAUUUAUUAUGCGUUGUAUGAAUUUAAUGAAGUUUUAAAAAAAUACGUCAGAGGUUUAUAGUUGAGAAUAAUUCUACUAAGCCAGUUUACCGAGUUCCGCAUCUCGCGCGUUGUAUACAACAUCUAAAAAUAAUUAAUUUUCUACUGGUGAGGCUUAGAUUUGACUUCCAGUACGACUACCACUGACUAAGUACGCGUGUGAUUGGUUAAUCGGGUAUAGUGAUUACACGUAUAUGCCGGUGGAAGUCAUAUAUAAAUCUCGCUAUUGUUUAAAAGUGAGGACGACGUCUAGAAUUGCCAAUGGACUCUUAAUUAUUUGUUUCUUUACAAUCUAAUCAUAAAUUUCAUUGUAUUAAUAGCCGUCGCAACUUUCCAUUUCGUACAUCGCCAGGGUCACCAGUAACAAUCGAUGUCACCACUUUCAGCCGGCGUCACAUUCGAUGAAUAUCAAAUGAAAUGUUCACCCAUUCAUUUAAACUUUCGGCUGAUACGUUCCGCUAAUAUGUCCCGUGUAGUGGUGUACGUGCACUUCCGCAUAAUUUGAAAUUAUGUUCGUCUGACUUGUUGAAAUUCUCAACCGAGUAUUUGCAGUAUUGUGGUGUCUCGCGAAUUGUGGCCCCGGCGCAUAUUUCCUACGAAAUUUGUUACAAAAUUUCACACUUCGAAAGUUUGGACCCUUUUUUGCGACUGAACAAAUAUAAGCAUAAAAUUCAUUAAACUGGGUUUCUUAUAAACAUAUAUGAUAAAUCCAUAUGAAAUCAACAGGACAGCAACCGAGUUCACAUCGAUGUACUUGUGAGAGCAUCACCAGGGACGUCGCGAAUGCUUAACAUUGGGGCAAUGUCCUGAUACUUUGACUAAGCUUUGGCGAACAUUUUGAUCUACUUUUGAAUGAUUUCACUCCAUCAAAUUCGUUAUGGAACAACUGAAUGUUAGUUGACAAUGUAAACCAAAAUACAAAAUUUCCCGUAGUAGAAUCAGAGACCGCGCAACAAUUUUUGAAAUAUUACUACCUGACCAACUAUCUUAUUGGUCCACUUAUCCGCACCAACUGAAGGCAUGACAGAAAGCUAUUGAACUUCUUGAUAUGUUUUAUAUUUGCAUUAAUUUUUAUUUUUAAAAACCUAUAGAGCUAGUUUUCUACAAAUUCUCAAGGACCGCAAUAGCGCGGGACAGGGGGAGGUGGCUUGCCCUUUCGUGCUUGGUUUGGGAAAUUGGUACACCAAUACUAUACAAAUACUUAGAAUCGUAUGCUCAGUUAGCCAUGCUAUCGUUGCAUGCAAGGUUUGAAUAUACUGAUCGUUCAUGCAAGGCUGAAAUAUAAUUGUGUGGUUGUUGUUUCACAAUAUGUGAAAUCGGCAAGAAUCUUUACUAAUUUUUCAAUUAGACAUGUGUUUCGCAGAAAUAUAUCUGCCCAUCAUUAGGCAAUAUACACAUGCAUGGUUACCUUAGCUGAAAAUGCACUUUCUGGGCCUGACAUUUUCAAACAAACCUGCAUUCAGAAACAUUGGAAAUAUAUCGAUCACACGAACAUGUCGAACAUUACACCAGAGGAUUUAAACCAAAGUAGAAUCCAUCUAAAUAAAGUGGGAACAAUCAAGAUGGCACGCACUUUUACUGAUUUUAUUUAUAAUAGGAAACAUUAGGACAACGCCGUGUGGGAGCCUGUAGCUAAUACUGAAAUACAGCCAAGUAUAGAUGACCAAUCGUCGAUAACCUUGGGUGAGUCAAACGAAUCAAAUUACUCAAAUAUCUCAUUAUAUAAUUUCGAAAAAAUACCAUUUCAUCGGGGCAUGUCUAUGGCAUGUUUGAAUAUAAAUAGUUUAUUUGCCCAUAUAGAUGAAUUACGAGUAUUUAUGAGUAAUAAUAAAGUAGACAUAUUAUGUAUUAAUGAGACCAAACUUGAUUCAUCAAUUAAUGACAAUGAAAUCCAUAUACCAAAUUUUGAAAUCAUUCGAAGAGAUCGACGUACAAAUGGCCGUCACGGUGGCGGCAUUUGCAUUUACAUUAGAAGUAAUAUUAAUUACAAAAUACGACAUAAUCUACAAUCUGAAACUCUCGAAAAUCUAGUUGUAGAAAUUAAGAAACCACGAUCUAAGUCUAUCCUAGUUAGUACAUGGUAUAGACCUCCAGAUUUACCUACUAUAGUUACUUUGCCGAAUUCGAGCAAAUGAUUGGAUCGUUCGAUGCUGAAAAUUUAGAGUAUUUUCUGCUUGGUGAUUUAAAUGUUGAUUUUACCCCAACAACUGAGUCACCGAGCAAGAAUAAAGUAAAAGAAAUAUAUACUUGAUAUAUACGAUGUCGAACAAUUAAUAAACGAACCGACAAGAAUUACUGCUACAUCUAGCACCCUGAUCGAUUUAUGCCUAACCAAUACACCUGUAAAUAUUGUGAAGUCUGGUGUCAUACACGUAUCUAUUAGUGACCAUUCAUUAAUAUAUAUGAUACGUAAGGCUAACUAUAUACGAGGGAGCCCCAGAACGAUAGAUGAUAGAACAAUGAAGAACUUCAACAGAGAAUUGUUUCUAAGAGACCUUGAACUAAACCAUUGGGAUAGUGUCUAUUGCUCCCAGGACCUUAACGAAAUGUUUGAUGUCUGGAAAAAAAUGCUCAUGAAAACCAUAAAUAAGCACGCACCACUUAGAUCCAGGAGAAUUAGAAAUAGAAAAUCUCCCUGGAUUACAAAAGAUUUAAGACGCCAGAUAUUUAACCGAGAUUACCUAAAAAAGAAAGCUGUUACAUCCAAUGAUCUUAAAAUCUGGCACCAAUAUCGACAAACUCGAAAUCACAUUAAUAAUGAAAUUAAAAAAAACUAAACAAGCUUAUUAUAAGAAUAAUCUUGAAUCGAGUAAAGGCAACAUGAAAAAAACAUGGAACCUUAUAAAUGAACUAAGCUCUAGAAAUGUAAGCAAAACUAAAAAGAUAACACAAUUAGAUUUUGAAGAGCGAGAAAUAACUGCACCUGAAGAAAUAGCUGAAACAUUUAACAGCUACUUCUCAGGUAUUGGUGAAAGACUUGCUUCCGAUAUUCCUGCUCCUGUGCGUGAUCCAGUAUUUUAUCUUAAACCAACUGAUAAAUCUUUCUCUCUCAAAACUCCCUCCGUUAACACAGUUUAUCAACUGCUGACUACAUUAGAUGAUAAGAAGUCAGCUGGUUUGGACAAUAUACCAAACAAAUUCCUAUAGAUAGCUGCAAGUGUUAUUGCACCCUCGUUAACAGGAAUAUUCACUGCAUCUAUUAAUACCGGAAUAUUCCCGUAUGAAUGGAAGGCAAGAGAGUAACGCCAGUAUUUAAAAGUGGCACAAGAAAUAACCCAGGCAACUAUCGGCCUAUAUCAAUUAUUCCAUGUGUUGCUAAAAUUUUUGAAAAAAUCAUUUUCGAUCAACUACAUGGGUAUCUUGAUUCAAAUAAUUUGCUGAACACAUGCCAAUAUGGGUUUCGACCGUUUCAUAGUACCCUAACAGCGUUGCUAGAAGCCACAAGCGACUGGUCCAUGAAUAUUGACAAUGGCCUAAUUAACGGAGUUGUAUUUAUUGAUUUAAAGAAAGCUUUUGAUACGAUCGAUCAUCAAAUUAUCCUGCAAAAGCUUAAAAAUUAUGGUAUUGACGAAACCAGUCUAACCUGGUUUCAUUCAUAUCUCACUGAUAGAACUCAAAAGUGCCGGGUAAACGGUCAACUGUCAGAUUCUGUGCCAGUGGCCUGCGGUUUCACUCAAGGUAGCAGUCUAGGGCCAUUGCUAUUCCUCAUCUACAUUAAUGAUUUACCGAACUGUCUUGAUCAUACAACUGCAAGAAUGUUCGCAAUAUGUAAAAUCUAUUAAACUAUCUAUCUAUUAAACUAUCUAUCUAUCUAGUUAUGCGUCCGACCCAGCCAAAGUGCUCCAAAAUGUCAUUACCACCGAUUUGAAAGGUCUAAGCGAUUGGCUAACCACUAAUAAACUAAGCUUAAAUAUUGUAAAAACAGAAUUCGUGGUAGUUGGAUCUAGACAGAGAAUAAAAACACUAAAUAAUGAAAUAGAUAUUGAGAUAAACGGUAAUAUGGUCAACCAAGUUACUUCGGUAAAAUCUCUGGGUGUCCAUCUUGAUAAUCACCUUAUGUGGUCUGAGCAUACUGAUAAACUAUGUAAAAAAAUUGCUUCAGCCAUAGGGGCUUUAAAACGUAUAAGAUCCUGCAUUUCAACGAACACGGCUAUCCAAGUAUACCAAGCACUGAUUCAACCUCAUUUUGACUACUGCUGCUCGGUCUGGGAUGGUCUUGGCGAAACGCUAAGUUCUAAACUACAAAAAUUACAGAACCGGGCGGUCAGGGUCAUUACGAGGUCCAGCUAUGACACUAAUGCUACUGUGCUUCUUGAUACUUUACACUUGGAUAACUUAUCGUUGAGACGCAAUAAACUUAAAGCUGGCUUGAUCUUCAAAACACUCAAAGGUGACACACCUACCUAUCUACAAAAUCUUUUUUCAGUUCGUGGCUCAGAAUAUAAUCUUAGGAACUUUGAAAUGAAAUUAAAUCUACCCAAGCCACGAACUAAUUAUCUGAAGCGAAGCUUUCAGUACAGUGGAGUAGUACUGUGGAAUAGCCUUCCCGAAAAUAUAAGAAUUCCAAUCGUUUUCUCAGUUCCGGAAAGCUGCAAACAAGUAUUAUAAUAGUAUAGAUGAACUCCCACACGGCAAUCUUGUAAACCAGUAGAUCACAUUCUUUUAUUUAUUUUGCAUGCUUAAACUUAUAUAUAUAUAUAUAUAUAUAUAUAUAUAUAUAUAUAUAUAUAUAUAUAUAUAUAUAUAUAUAUAUAUAUAUAUAUAUAUAUAUAUAUAUAUAUAUGUAAUUUAGUUUUCGAUACGCACUCUUAUCUUUUCUAAUUUCGUUUAAAAAGAGACCAAACAUUUUCCAUUUUGACCAACUUUUGAACUUAUUAUUUGUUACACCCUCUCUGCGACGUGCCUGCAUCACACAACUGAAGCUUAACUGCCAGGGCUGUCAUCGCUGAACUUUAUAACAAAGUUCGUGUCUGUUCGUGUUAACACGUUCGUGUUCGUGUCGUGUUAACACUUUGGGGCGCAAGGUGAAGAUCUCAUUUUAUAUUCAGCGGAUGUGACGCAUGCUGAAAUAAUGACACGCCGAUUGUUACUGGUGACGAGGGCGGUGUACGAAACGGAAAUUGCGUCGCCUUCCUGCUAGCUGAAUGUCCCAUAUGCCGUUGUCAAAUUAUAAUUUCACCCCACCACUGUAGACUUUUUGGGUACUUUGGUUGGUUUCCUCAUGUAGUAAGAAUAAAGAUUAACACAAUCUGAUUUCCUUCUGUAGUACCGCUGGACUAAUUGGAAAUUACCUUUACUGAACUAGCUAGUACAGUGUAGAAAUGAAAGAGCAAUCCAGUCUUAAAUGAAGUGACUUUAGUUCAGGUCGACUUUACUUCAUUUGUAAUAAGGUUGAUAUGAUGUUACAUUUCAGCUCUGUGACCGUGAUUGAUGAUGGUUCCAAGGCAUUGUCUGGAUCGGAUGAUGGUACUUUCAGAGUGUGGAAUCUGGGUACUAGUGUCCAUAUGAAACAAGACAGGUCACGUGGUCAUUCGGAAGAAGUCAGUGACAUUGCAGUGACACGUGAUGGCUCCAGAUGUGUUUCCGCUUCCUGGGAUGGUACUUUGAAAGUUUGGGACUGCCAUGCGGGAAAGGAAUGCUUUACUUUGACAGGUAGUCAAAAUUGUUCCAUUUGAGCGGGCUUCCCACUUUAAUUGUGAGAAAACUUAACAUAUUCCUUCAAGCCGGUUCCAGAUGAGGAAGCUUUCUAUGGCAAACUUUGUUUGACAAUUACAGAUGUUCAAAAGCUAGUAUGUUAUCUUUUGAACAAGGUACUCGUCAUAGAAAACUUGACAAAGUUUAAAUUUUACUCGACUGUACGAGUCAACAAAGAAAAUUUGAGAGAGUAAUUUGAGUACUAGCAUGUAGUUGGACAGCGAUAUAUUGUUGUAGUAGCUAUCGUGGCGGCCAGACAAAAAUACUCAAAAACAUCUCAGAGUUUGUACUUGAACCAUAAUCUCCACAAAAUUCAUUACUUCUGGAGUCUAAUCUCAAAGCUCAGAUCGGAAAUAAAAAUUUCGAACGUCAGUCUGAGGUCUCUAAUAUAUUUUACUUAUCCGUCAAUAGGUCUCAAGGGAGUUCCACAAAAUGUUGCAAUCGCCGCUGAUGACCGCCAUUUCGUGACGCUAUCGGAAGAUGUUAAUUGCUUGUCAAUAAAGGUAUAGUCAAAAUCAAUUAAAAAUAUAUGUAUGUGAACUGAUAGACUUUCUCCCUUAAUUAAAGAUUUGUGUGGGAAAUGUCCGCAGUACGGCUGCCUGGAAAUUAUUGACAAAAAUCUUCACUAUAGAAUUUUCUAGUAUUUCAGAACCUCUCUGUAGGAGACCUGGUUGAAGGCAACAUUUUUAACAGGUUUUGUCUAAAUUUUCGGGCAGGUUUUGAAUGUUCCUAUACCAGGACGUCAAAUGCAAUUCCUGGCAGAGAAGUCUAAAGAACUGUCAUGCUUCCAAAGUUGUUAA